AUGCUUGGUGGAUUAUGGACAUUCAAUAUGGAUGAUGGCUUUCUUGAAGCCUUCGUUAGGGGAUUAAAAAGUGGACUUCUUAACGAAACUGAUUAUACAACAUUAACACAAUCAAACACACUUGAAGAUAUGAAGGUGGCAUUACUAAAUAGUGAUUAUAAAGAUGUAUUUCAAAACGAACCAUCACCAAUUACUGUAUCUACUAUUAAAGCAAGGUGCACUGAUAAAUUAGUUUCUGAUUUUUUUACUAUUCAAUCACAAAGUUAUUAUCCAUUAAGUAAAUUUAUGGAAUUUCUUACAAUUCCUUAUAUGAUCGAUAACGUUAUUUUACUUAUUACUGGGACUCAAGGGGAAAAGGAAAUGGAUGAAUUAAAAGAAAAAUUACAUCCUUUAGGUCUUUUUAAAAAUAUUGAAUCUCUUUCUAUUACUAAAACAGUAAAUGAUUUAUAUCAUUACAUUCUUAUUGAUACACCAUUAGGAAAUUAUCUUAGUGAUUGUUUAAGUGAAGAAGAUUUAACAGAAUUAAACAUUGAAAUUAUUAGAAAUACUUUGUAUAAAGGUUAUUUGGAAGAAUUUUAUGCUUUUUGCCAAAAACUUGGUGGAGAAACAGCUCGUGUUAUGGGUGAUAUUUUAAAUUAUGAAGCUGAUAGAAGGGCUAUCACAAUUACAUUGAAUUCUUUUGGAACAGAUUUAAGUCGUGAUGAUCGUAUGAAAUUAUUCCCAAACGUUGGUUUACUUUAUCCAGUUGGAAUGAAUGCACUAGCUGCUGCAACUGAUAUGGAAGGUGUUGUUAAAGCUGUUGAAUAUGUUCCAACAUAUAAAGCAUUAAUGAAUUUACAUGCUGCAGAUGAUGCAGGUGAACGUUCAUUAGAAGAAAUGUUCUUUGAUGAAGAAGUAGAAAUAAAUAAGAGUGCAUAUUAUACUCAAAUGGGAUAUGGUGUUUUUUAUUCAUGGCUGAAGUUAAAAGAACAAGAAGUAAGAAAUAUAAUGUGGAUUGGUGAAUGUAUUGCCCAAGACCAAAAAGAAAAAAUCAAUCAAAACGUUAUUAGAUUAUUCUAA